AUGACAACACCGCCCUCAAGGUCGGAAAGUGCCAAGUCGGCCAAGCUGGACAGCGAUAGCUUUGUCGCGUUCGAUCACGCUGCGGCUGGACAUGACGGUGUUCGUUGUACCCUGUCCGGCGCGUUGAUCGCGAAACCCUGCACCCCCGAAGAAGUGGCUUUCUAUGACUCCUGCGCCCUCCACCCCGCAUUCAGGGAAUUUAUCCCCACCUACAUAGGCACCUUGACAUCUGCCGAUCAGCAACAGACGCUCGCCCUCGUCGCUUCUCAGCAAGGUGGUGCCGUCACCCUUCCUGACUCCGAUCCAUCGUCCGCGACCAAUAUUCCCACUGAAGCGUCCCAGUCCAACACAUCCUCACAUACUGCGCCGACGAUAGCGGAACCAGAAGUGCCAUGGGUACCUUCCGACGGGAAAAAGAUCGAGACUGGCUUGUCUAUUGUGUUGGAAAAUGUAGCUUCGGGAUUUACCAGGCCAAAUGUCUUGGACGUGAAGUUGGGCGCCCGCCUGUGGGCCGAUGACGCGCCCCCUGCGAAGCGUGCGAAGCUGGACGCGGUGUCGAAGGAGACAACCAGCACCAGUCUCGGGUUUCGCAUUGCGGGUAUGAAAGUAUGGACCGGCGAGAACGGGGAAAAUGAUGCCGGCAGCAAGACGGAUCCUUACGAUAUCCGACAUGAGGGACGCGAGGGUGCCAAGGGCGAGGUUAUCGAGAAGGACGGCUACAGGCGCUACGACAAAUGGUAUGGGCGGUCAUUCAGCGAGAAAAAUGUCAAGGAGGGUUUUGAGGCUUUCCUCGCCGGGGCAAAAGCGGGAUCCAUUGAUCGGUCUAAAUUCUUGUCGAGGAGACUGGCCGAUGAGCUUAGACGUGUACAGCUGGUUCUAGAAACGGAGGAAAGCCGGAUGUAUUCUUCGAGUGUCCUGAUUGUCUACGAGGGUGACCCCGAAGCUUUGGAGAAUGCUCUGGAGGAAGAAAAGAAAGCCAAAGAGAGGGCACCGGAAGAGUCCGAGUCGGAGGAUGAGGGGUUUGAUCUCCAGCUUCAGGACGAUGGGUCCUAUAGGGUGGUGGAGCUACCAGCUGGCCAGGAUGGUGCGCUGCAGCAAGCUAUUAACCUUAACUUCGACCCUGAAACCGCCCAGCUGGAAGACUUGGAUGAGGAAGAGGACGAAGAGGCUCCUCCUAAGGUGCAUGAUCUGCGCCUCAUUGACUUUGCACAUGCCAACUGGACCCCUGGUCAAGGACCAGAUGAGAACGUUCUCAUGGGCAUACGGAAUCUGAUCAAAAUGUUCGACGAUCUGGCUGCCGAAUAA